AUGAUUGCCGCCCUCGACAGGGGCCUAGCUCGUGCGAUUGAGCUCCUUCGAUCCUGUGGAGUCCGCGCCAACCUCUGUGCGCGGACCGGCUUCUUCAAGCAGCCGUGCUUGCACUUUCCUCUGGCUGACACCUAUGUCCAGGGUGGCGCGUUGCUGGAGGAGCCGGGAGAGAAGGAGGAUGAUCCAAACGGCACACCCGAUGCUGAGCCGGCCGAGCUGACCGCCAUGGGCGCACAGGAUGCUGCAGAUGCCGAGGCCGUGCUGAACCAGCUGAUGCGGAACGGGGCCAAAGUGGCGCCUCCAACCGGCGGCGAGGAGGCCAGCAGCGCAGAGUUUUUUGAGGAGAUCCGUAAGCUGCUGGCAGAUUUCAACGUCUCCAUCCAGGAGGAGUCAAAGGAUCGCAAGCUCCGCUUCCACGUCAAGCGGCUCAUCAAGUCCCAUCAGCAGCGGGGCGAGGAUGUGGAUGAGGAGCUCGACUUCUACAUGGAUGAUGAUGACGUUGCGGUGCUCUUCACCAUGGAGGACAGCUCCAAGGUCUUUGCCAUCGGCAACAUUGAGCAGCGCAGCAACGGGGUCUUCAUCAACGACCCCAAGGGCCUCUUUAUCCUCCGGUGGUACCGUGAGGUGAAGGGUGACGGGACCCCCCCAGACGGCCCGCGCUACCAGAACAGAGCGUGCAAGUACUACAAGCUGACGAGCGACAACGAUGGGGAGGCCUUCCGCUGGACCAGCAACUACCAGAUCAUCAGCAAGGUGUACCUGAAGAAGCACUCCACCCUGCCUCUCUGCUAUUCUCUCAGUGCGGCAGACAAGAAGAUGGUGACGUCCACCAUGAAAAAGAUGGUGGGACCGGAGGCAGAGUAG